AUGAACCGAUAGCAAACACCGUUUCUCGAUUGAGAAACUAGUCGAGAUGCCCCAGUCGUGCAAGGAUAUACGCGCCGCGCUGGCCUUCUGCCUCCAGAAUUCAGACUGCAUAAUGGUCGAGCGCCACUCUCCCGGCGACUGCCUCCGUCCCCCGCUUAAAUACACGCUGCCCACGCAAUGCCAGCAACUUCAAAAGGGCUACGCCGAGUGCAAAAAAGGGCAGAUCGACAUGCGCAAGCGGUUCCGCGGCAACCGACCGAUUUCCGUAGCAGGACAGCUAGAAACAGGCUCGUUUGGGAAGGGCAGGGCGAUGGAGGAUGAGAAAGCGGGCACGAUUGAGGAGAAGGGCUAUAUGCUUUAUGCAGGCCGGCCGUAUAAGGAUGUUAGGGAGACGAAGGGGGAUGAGAGGGAGGAGAGUGAGGAGGAGAAGAAGUAG